UCGAGUAUAUGGGGACUGCAAAUGGAAAGGUCGCGCUGGCGACUGGAUGGACCAUUGUUUCAUGGAACAUAGUGAGAAGGUCACGGAGCUCCCAUUCAUCACGGUGAAAAACCGAUGGGACGCGAAGAGGACAGAACCGGUGCUCAACUACUUUCUGCUGAAGUGUUACGAACGGAUAUUCAACGUGUACCAGAUUUAUGAUAAGAGAGGAGGAAGAAUGAUGUGGACUGUGCUUGUAAACGACGACCAUGCUGAGAAGUUUUAUUUUGAAGUCGACAUUUUCUUACCAAACUUACCGAGCAAAAGGAUUGUUUACAGACGACCAUGCAAGUGUGAGAAGGAUGCAGACUUUCUGGAGCACACCCAAAACGUGUACAUUCCCGUAGAAAAUGUGUUCUCUAUGCUAGACGAGGACGAAUCCGUCAACUUUAUCGUCAGAAUUGGUGAGGUUGAAAAUCUACCAAUAUUCGACACCCCUACGCCCAGUGAGAGCAUCAUACUUCUUCACAACGAAGAUCGCAAGGACGAAUAACAUCAAAAUUUACAACUAUACACCUUAAUACACUAAUUUAUGCAUUAAAAUCGAACGAACAAGCACGUGUUUUAUAAGGGCGUAUAUCCAAUAGCAGAGAUUUGUUUCUUAAUAAUUUGAAUUAAAAGUCAAACAUUCUUUUUCAUUUGUGAUAGAAUAAAAUCAAAGUUUUAUGACACUUAUUUCGGGACUUUCAUUCUUUUUAACCUAAUGAUUUCAUGAAAACGAAAUAACUUCUCUUCUAACAUCCUCUACAGAUUUUGAGAAAAAUAAUUCUGUUAGCAGUAUUAUUAAUGAAGUGUACUUCAUUACCAAACAACAGACAAGUAACAUCUAACACAUUUUCUAAUCAGGGAAAUAUAAUCUUGGUAACACAACACAUUGCCUAAUAUCAUUUCGGAAAACUUGCUUAGGUAUGUUUAGUCAUAAUAAAGGUAACAUGUUAAAGCCAAGAAUACACUGGGGUACAAAUGUCCCACGACAUUAUCGGCGACAUGUCGAGCGAAGCCGUCGAUAUAUAUACACAACUAAUGUUCAAAGUGACGUUGAUGUUACCAGACACGUCGACCAAAGUCCCGCAACAUCGCGCUACUCCACCCGACGUCGCUAGCGACACGUGUCCCCGAACACUUGUCCCCUAGUGUAUCCUAGGCUUUGUUUACAGCUUUUUUCUUACCAGUACUAUUAUUUUUUUUAUUUCAAUUAAAAUAGUACUACAGCUAUUAUACCAAAACGUUAUACAUUUCAAAUUAUAUAUAAAGAAACUAAGAAAAAGUCCUUAUAUAACGUAAAGGUAGUAAAAAAAUGUACCGUAAUAUCGCCUUUUUGCAUUAAAUAAAAUGGCUGGUUGUACACGCGCCUUUUUAUUAUUAAAUCGUCUAACGCGGUUGAGUAUUUUAAUUUCCCACGGGGAACUUUUUCUUAGGAAGUUGAUAACACAAAUAUGAGAUACCUACUUACAUAAAUGAGUUUGUAUUUUUUUACUGAGGCUGCAAUAAAUAUUUUGUGUCUAGUUGAGAUUUGUUUCUGCUAUUACUUUGGCUUUUAAGUGAAUGAAAACAAAAAACUAACCGCCGUACUCAGAGUCAUUUAAUGGCUACUUAGCCCAGUCUUAAGCAAUCGUUAUCGAUACAAAAUCGUUACUUAGGAAUAGUUUAAGUAAUGUUUCUAUAAUAACUGUUGUGAGGCAUGCUGACUCGAAACUAGUAGAGCUUUUAUCAGUA